AUGUCUACACCGCCAGGGCCAUCUGGCAAGCUCAAUGCCCCAGGCAAAGCCUUCUCGCAGAUAGAUCUCGACGGCCAUGAUCUCCCUCCUUCACCCGCACCAUCCAGUCCUCGAAAUGGAAGAAAAUAUGCCCUGGCGACCGAAUUGGUCUACACCGAGAGCAAGGACCAAUACGGUGCCUCUAGCAUGCCCAUCUACCAGUCCGCCACCUUCAAACAGACCUCCGCCGGCGGUGGCAACGAAUACGAUUACACCCGGUCGGGCAACCCGACGAGGACCCAUCUGGAGAGACAUUUGGCGAAGAUUAUGAAUGCAUCGCGGGCCCUGGUCGUAGGGUCGGGUAUGGGCGCGUUGGAUGUCAUUACACGGAUUCUGAGGCCAGGAGAUGAGGUUAUCACAGGAGAUGAUCUUUAUGGAGGAACCAAUAGGCUCUUGACAUAUAUGUCACAGAACCAUGGUAUUAUUGUCCGCCAUGUUGAUACUACGAAACCCGAGACGGUCAGAGCUGUGGUGUCGCCCAAGACGGCUAUGGUGCUUCUCGAGACGCCUACGAACCCACUUAUUAAGAUCGUGGACAUACCCUCAAUCUCGAAGAUUGUGCAUGACAUGAACCAAAGCGCGUUAGUGGUGGUUGACAAUACCAUGCUGUCGCCUAUGCUCUGUAACCCGCUAGAGCUGGGCGCCGAUAUUGUCUAUGAAUCCGGAACGAAGUACUUGUCCGGACAUCACGAUAUCAUGGCUGGAGUACUGGCUUUCAACGAUCCGGCUAUUGGCGACAAGAUGUAUUUCACCAUCAACUCAACUGGCUGCGGACUGGCACCUAACGACGCUUUUCUGCUUAUGAGAGGAAUUAAGACUCUUGCUAUCCGCAUGGAGAAGCAGCAAGCUAACGCUCAACGCAUCGCCGAAUUCCUCGAGGGUCACGGGUUCCGCGUACGCUACCCAGGUCUCAAAUCCCACCCACAGUACGAUUUGCACUGGUCUAUGGCCAGAGGCGCAGGAGCAGUUUUGUCUUUCGAGACGGGCGAUGUAGCUCUCUCGGAGCGUAUCGUAGAGGCUGCGAGGUUGUGGGGCAUCAGUGUCAGUUUCGGGUGCGUCAACAGCUUGAUCAGUAUGCCAUGCCAGAUGAGCCACGCUAGUAUCAGUGCCGAGACAAGAAAGGAGAGACAGAUGCCGGAGGAUAUCAUUAGGCUCUGCGUAGGAAUUGAGGAUGCAGACGAUCUGAUUGACGAUUUGAGUAGAGCUGCAACCGGAGCCGUCACAGUUACAUUAGAUGGUUUCCAUGCCACGGGUCCCGCGAGCGCACUUGCAGAUAUCCCAAUCGAGGAGUCCGAUGCCGCUGCGGCACCCUGA